AUGGGGAACAAGACCGUCGUGGCUUGUGACCAGUGCCACCGCCAUAAGCUCAAAUGCUCGCCGCGAUCCCAAGGAUGCGCCCGCUGUCACCGAUUAGGGAUACAGUGCACAUCCAGCCGCCCGAUCAAGAAACGGGGAAGGCGACCAACUAGGGAAUCUCUCCCACAAAUACCUCUUCCACUAUCGGAACAUCACUUGUCGUAUGCACCUGAUUAUCCUGUACUGGACUGCCUUUGCGAUCUGCAGGUUUUGACAUCGGAACAGGCCACGCCCAGCGCUUCCCCGCUUCAACUCUCGCGUUUUGAGGCCUGUCGUCUGUUAGAGCACUUCUAUGCUUCACCCAACAGAGAAUUCCAUGCCUUACUCAUCCGAAAAGGCAGACUCUUAGAUCAGCGUGCUCCUAGGCCCAUAUUGCCAACCCUGCUGCUUUCAAUCUUAUGCGUCGCUUGUUUCAUGCCACCAGCAGAGCAGUCACUUUAUGCAUCCGAACGAAGCGUCAAUGAGCGCAUGGCCCAGGGACGCUAUCUCCUCGACAGGCUAAUUCAGCAUUUUCACCCCAGGACAUUACCCGAUACUAACCACGUGCUCGAUGAUGCCUUAACAGCAUUCAUCAUGACAAGUAUCGCCCCGAGCGAAAGAUCGGUCGAGUCAAGCUUGCAAUACUGGCUUAUAUUCCUCAAAUUCGUUGUUCAGAAGUUGGAGCUACACAAAGAUGUACCUGAUCUCAGUGAAGACGACAAAGAGGAAAGGAGAAGGCUAUGGUGGGCAACUUAUAUUAUUGAUCGACAUGCGGCCUUGUCAUUCAAUGGACGACCGCGGAUAACCGACAAUGAAUGUCUAUCUCUCCCGACUCCGCGCCCCGAUCCAAUAUGGAAUCAGCCCGGCCCGUUACCUCCCGGGUUUCAAGGGCGAAGCGCACAUGAAACAGUGCUCAGCUAUCAUGUAGGGAACCUGGACAUGCUAGGCCUCUUUCUGCCUCUGUCAAGGAUACUGGGCGAGAUCUUGGAAUAUCGCUUCCUUAGCGAUCAUUCAACAUUUAACACAUGUCAUGGUCUUUGGAACACAGUGCAAAAGAAUAUCCUACAGAAUCUCGAGAUAUGGUAUCAUUCAUUUGAGGCUCUUGUGGGCUCGGAGUUCUGCGCAAUUGCUGAACCAGAUUGCGAUUCAUUUCCGGCAGCAGACAUCCCAACAGUGGCCUACUAUGGUUUUCACAUGUACCACUGCAUGUUUGUAUUACUACAUGGUCCUAUGGACGUGGUGCGAAUGUAUCAAGACCUUACAUGGCAGUCAUCUUCCGACUUUCUGACGGCUGGCGAGCAUGCUGUGGCUUGUGCGAAUAUUGCGCGACACAUAUUGCGAAUCGAUCCACAACUGUCUCUAAUGUAUAGGUUUUUCGGAACCUACUUUUUACAAUCGUCUUUCAUCUUCCUCAUUCUGGCACAAAAAUUGGGGAAGCGAUCCGACGACCUGAUUCUACGCAAUUGUUCGAUUAAUCUACAAGUUUUGGACAUGUUUGUGGCAGCGACGAAUAUGGACUACCAACGCACGUUUGCCAAGCUCUUGCGCCGAGCGCUGUCAUUCAAUAUGGCUGAAUCUACUGGGGAUAGUGUACCCGGACAAGAUCAGCCGACGCCGGAACUCACGGGCGCACCUCAAUUACCCUUGGAUCCAGAAAUGUUUCGUUAUCGCUGGGCCCCUGGAUAUACUGGAUUGUGGGUUGGCCCAAUGGGCUGAGAACAGAUCAAACAGGUCAUCGUCCGUUCAUUACUCCAUCGAUGUCUACGCGGCUAUCAGGCCUACCUGAGCAGUUACGAACGGUCUAAUAAUUACCAUUAGGCUAUUAGAGCUC